GCCCAAAUCGAUUUAUAUGAAUUUCUAACGGAAGCUGAACUGCAGCAUUACUAUAAUGCCGUCAAGAAUGAACUUAAAAUUACGAAUGCUUCGCAAUUUAAAUAUGCCACAGAUGAGGACCUUAAAAGCAUUAGUAUGUCACGGCCAGAGAUACGACGUUUGCGUAAAUUCUAUGAAAAACAUUUCCCCCACGGUUAUCUUAGCAAAAUUAAGCGUUUAUUACAAGCUCCCACAGCUAUCGUGAAGCGUGAUGAAUCUUCGGGAAGCGGGGCAGGUGGUAGUACGGGCACCUUGGGCAAUGCCUCUUCAACGCCUGGUAAUUUGAAUAGUUCUUCGGGAGCGAUUAAUAAAAACAAUAGUUCUCCGAGUAAGGCGCCCAACAAUAAACAUAUAAUACCAGCUGAUGCCAUUAGUGUUAAUAAGAAGCUGGGUACCGGUGAGUUUGGGAUUGUGCAGCAAGGUGUUUGGACCAACGGUACAGAGAGGAUUCAAGUGGCUAUUAAGUGUUUAUGCCGUGAACGUAUGCAAUCAAAUCCAAUGGAAUUUUUAAAGGAGGCUGCAAUUAUGCAUUCCAUCGAACAUGAAAACAUAGUACGCUUAUAUGGUGUUGUCCUGGCAACCGAUUCGUUAAUGUUAGUCACAGAGUUAGCUCAUUUACGUUCGCUCUUCGAGUGCUUGAAAGAUGCCGGCUUGAGAGUCAGUUUUCUUACCGUUCCCACUUUAUGUGAGUUUGCUUUGCAAAUCUGCAAUGGUAUGCGCUAUUUGGAAAAUAAACGCUUGAUACAUAGGGAUUUGGCUGCUCGUAAUAUAUUGGUAUUUAGCAAGAAUAAAGUGAAAAUUUCCGAUUUCGGUUUGUCGCGUGCAUUGGGUGUAGGCAAAGAUUAUUAUAAAACUAAUUUUAAUGUUAAUCUUAAGCUUCCGAUAGCCUGGUGUGCUCCCGAAUGCAUUAAUUAUUUACGUUUUACUAAUGCCUCAGAUGUUUGGGCGUAUGGUGUUUGUUUAUGGGAAAUGUUCUCUUACGGUUUUCAACCGUGGGCGGCUUUAACGGGACUGCAAAUUUUGGAAGCCAUAGAUGCACCAAACUAUCAGCGUCUUGAACAACCCGAAUGCUGUCCCCGUGAAUAUUACAAUUUAAUGAUGAAAUGUUGGCAAGAUGAUCCUAGUAAGCGUCCAAAAUUCAAUGAAAUCUAUGAAAUGCUGCCCGAAAUGAAACCGGAACAGCUAAAGGCCGUUGAUAACUGCUUGGAAUCGAAAACUAAAGAUCAUUUGAUUUAUAGACAGAAUGAUAUAAUAACUGUAUUAGAUCGUAACACGGGUACGCCAUUUUGGAAGGGGGUCUUAAAUUCUGGCAAAACGGGUUUAUUUAAUCCAUCGAAUACAGUUGCUUAUGUGGAGGGUUUGCCCACACUAAAUAGAGAGUCCUUUAGUCGUAGCACCAGUGAUCGUGCUAGCAGUAAAAGAAAAUUGCGUACGGAAAUGAUUUCGAAACCACAAAAUGAUUUUAAACAUACCGGCCACGUGGGUAUUGACGGAGCUUCCUUUGGUGAUAUUGCAUUUCUGGGAUCGUCUCAAAACUAUAAUCACGUGCCCCGUCAAAUUGUUACGCCGUACAAACCAUCCGAGGAUAUUGAGCAAACACCGCUUUUACUGCCACCAACGCCCACUAGUCCAGAUUCUUUACAGACUGCGUCUGGCUAUUUUGCUGAUGAUAGCCAACACAGUACAUCGACUAUGAAUCCUUCAUUUAUUCCAUCAACUGAAAAUACUCCAAAGAAUUUUAAUAACACUAAUAGACAAUCAAAUACCUUCGAAUUUCCUACUGAUCACACGAAUACAAACACGAAUCCAUUUUCUAUGCAUAAAGCAGGCGAAGAUAAUGCAAAUAUGACAAUGGCUUUACAAAAUAACAAUUAUGGCGUAGAAAAUAAAGAACAAUUAUCUUGGCGCCAAACGCUAACCGCCGCUAACAGGCAAAGUGAAAGUUUCGACGAGCCUCAUCAGUAUCACGAGAUAUCAGAUGAUGAUGAAAUGACUCCCGAUAAAUUAGAUUUCGGACCAUCGUUAUUAGAUGAGAUCAAUUCUAUGUUUGGUUCUAUGACAGCAACGACCAGCACAACAUUAACAACAACAAUUACGCACAAUAAAAAUGCUGAAAUUGAUAAUUCGAAUACUAAUACAAAUACUCAUAAUAAACGUGGUGAUUUUUCGGAUCUAACCUCAAAACUUAUACGAAAAAAUAGUGCUGGUGCAACGAAGAAGUCUAAGAAUUCUUGUGGCGUUGUAAAACCGAUUUCGGUAAAAGAUGAAAGAAUUUUGAAUCAAGCUAUUGAGAUUGCCAAUGAAAUUAGUGCCAGAUCUAUGUGUAGCUUGGUUUCCGAUCAACCGCCACCAUCUACUCAAAGUCCUAAGCGUAAAUUUAGUUUUCGUUUUCCUCAUCUCAGCAAUCAUCCAUCUAGUGUUGAAAAAACUCAAACAAAUAUUGGUUUAAACACGGCUGGCGUGGGCACAGCAAGUAGCACCAGUCACUUGCAUACUUUAUCACCAAAUUCCAAAAAGAAGAACUUCACUGAGGAAUUGAAAAGUAUACCGGAUUUGCAAUGCUUUCGAUCUAUGUCAAGUGAUUUGAAUAAUUUAACCACAUCCACCUCUACUGUAGAUAUUCGUAUACCAUUGUUUGAUAAGAAGAGUUCAGAUUUUUGUUUUGAAAAAUCUCGAGAAAUAUUAAGUCGCCCUUUAACGUUUGGCAGUCAAAUUUUGGCUUCCGAUAAUACUAACAGUAUACCUCCAUCAUUGGAGGAGUAUAAAGAUUCUUUUGCCUCAGUUGAUCGUGGGGAGGAUUCUCGCAAAAAAACCUUAAAUGAAAAUCUAUUUGACAUUGAGAAUACAUUAAAAGCCUUGAAUUUGGAUUUUAUGCAUACGUACACGGAUCUGGAUAAAACUGAUUCUGACGAAACAAUAUUGAACGAUCAAUUUUCAAGCAUAGUUUCUUCUAUAGACGAUGAGAUUAGCAGUGCCGCAGGUAGUCUGAAAUCUACAGGAGUAUUCAAUUAUAAUAAUGGGAAAAAUACUACGACGACCACUUUUGAUUUUAAUGCAGCCACUACACAUUUGGACAAACAUUUGCAAUAUAUGAAAAAUGCUCAGGCUAAUAAUCAAACUACUACUGGUACUGGUACUGUCACUGACAAAUGUUGUAGUACACCGGAUACAGGUUUCGCUUCGCGCGAUACAAUUUCUCUAUCACGCCGUAGUAGUCAAAAAUCGAGCUACAGUCCACAGGAUAGCUACUUCAGUCCUUCGGCAUGCAAUGGAAUUGCCGGUUUCCCUUUGCCUUAUAAGAAUGGUGCGCAAAGAUAUAAUAAUGAAAAUGUGACUUCCCCUUUUCGUGGCUCGCAAAUUACUCCUCAUGAAAGCAGCACAAUUUCUGUUUAUUCACCUAAACAACUCACGCUUGAGGAGGACGAUUCGUGCAAUCGUGGGCAUAGUAAGUUACGUUUGCGUUCCAUGUCCUUUACUGAUAAUCUUAAUCCCGUCUCGGAAUCUUAUAAAUAUGAUAAGAGACGUGAUCAAUGUACCAAACAUUCUCAGAGUUCCGACGACGCCACCAGCCAUCGACGUCGUCAAAUAUAUAAACCGCGAUCAAUUAAAGCUCGUACAUUAAGGCGUUUAAGUUAUAAUCCUAUAACGGCUGCCGCUACUAGUUCCUCAUCGAGCAGUGAGGAGGAAAGUGUUCACAGCAUUGACUGCAGUAUAGCUCGUUCCGAAUGCGAUAUACGUUCACGUGCUUUGAUUUCCCUAAGUAAACGGCGACGUCAAGGUAUGACACGUAAAUUAUUUGAUGGGCCCCAUCAUGAUGAUCAUGAACAGAUUAUUGGAGCACCAAAUAAAUUGUACGGGUCUAAUGUUAGUAUUAAAUCAGCUCCUCAUUAUAACUAUGGCUUGGCUAACACGCGUAGUGGUUUUAAUUCUGCGACUUCGCGUUUUAUGUAUAAACAGCAAACUUAUGAUGAAAGUCUGCCCUAUGAUGAACGUAUCUAUGAUUUCGGGGGCAGUGGGGCAGUGGCGGUGGCUAAGGGACCAAAUCAAAAUAUCAACAAUUCUAAAAGUAACGCUACCGCUUUAUUCACAACUUCUAAAGUCUUACGAUCAAGCGGAAAUUCGGGAUCUGGUUCUGGAUCUUCUUCGGCCACUUCUUCGGCUGUCGCAACCUAUAGUGGUCUGAAUAAUUCAGCAUUUCCCGAAUUUGAUGUUAGCCGCUUAACUGGUCUCAGUCCUACUUCAAAUUUAGCGAAUGCUCUGCCCGAAACAAAUCGCACACCACCUUCAUCACUAUCUCUAACGCAAAUUAACAGCACUAUGGCCGGGUGCAAUACCGAAUUUCAAUGGCCCGAGAAAAUUCAUGCAUCGACAGUGAAACAAAACGAUUUACUGUGGCGUCAACAGCAACAAUUAGAUUAUAAUGCUUAUAACGAUUAUCGUUCACAUCCAUCAUCUACGCUUAGCUCUUCAACUUCGGAUAGUGAACAAUUCGAAUAUCGUUCUGAAUAUAUGCCGCCACGUAUACCACCCAGUCCGGCUCCAUAAAUUGAGGCAUUAAAUAAAUAAUCAAUCGAAUUACAAAACACAGGGUUUCCGUAUUAGUGAGGCUGACUAAUUAUUACUUAAAAGCAAUAUUUGACGAUAGCAAGGUUGAUGAUGAUAUUGAAAAAUACGUUAAAUUGACAAUAGUUGUGCUCUUUCACUCGUGGAAUAAUGUCCUAACCAAACAAGGAGUGCCUUACAAUAUUCUCCCAAUCAUUUACUGAAAAC